AUGUCGGACGAUUUUCUAAAGGUUUCAAUGGAGGACGCUCCGGCCCCGCCACCCUACCCGUCAUCAGACGACAACAACAGCCGGAACCUUAACGAGAGUGAGCAGCCACAACAAGGAUACUCCCAUGGAGCCCCGCCCCCUAGAGCUCAGCCCCCGGCGGAGGGUUAUGGACCUACCAAUCCUGCGUAUGCGCCCCCGGGUGGAGGAACCACAGUGAUUAUUAAUCAACCGAGGUUUGUACCACCCAAGGAUGCGUUCAAUGAAGAACCAAUCAGGAUGAAGUGUGAUGCCUGCCACCAGGAAGUGCUCACGUCCAUUCACUACGAGACCGGCAUGAUGGUGUAUCUAAUAUCCAUUGUCUGCUGUGUAUUGGGCUUGGUAGCAGGAUGUUGUUUAAUACCGUUUUGCGUGAACAUCUUCAAAGAUGUCAUACACUCGUGUCCCAACUGUCGACACCAACUCGGCGUUAUGAGACGUAUGUAA